AUGGCAAAAUUAUCAUUCUUAGACUCUCCUUAUGCAAAGGCAUUUUAUCUUAUUCAAGAAUUUUAGAAACAUGAAUACAUAAGUUAAAGUGAAAAAUCUCAUAUUAAAGGUUAAACUAUUUAUAAUAUUUUUAGACUUAAUAAUAUAAAAUGACACUUCAGUCUACAAUUUAAUAUAUUCGAAAAAUGAUUAAGAUCUUAAAGAAAAUCUAAUAAAAUUAAUUACAACAAUAAGAUCGUAAAUAGAAUAAUAAUCUGAAGAAGAUGAUGUUUCAACUAGUAAGAGUCUUAAACUCUUUCUAAGAAAGAAAUUAAGGUUAAAUUUAAAUAAAAAAUGA